AAGUUGACAAGCCAGCCCUGGAGCCCCCAUUCGGGCCGUUCUCACGUAAUGGUGGCUAGUGCUGUUGCAGGUGUUUGUGAUGGAGCAACUGCCGGCUGUUACGUUGCACCUGCAAAGGCCAGGAGCGCCCAACUUGAACGUGCCAACCGCGAGCCGACCCUAUUCGAUAUAUGCUGUGUGGUAGGCUACAGCAGCUGCUCGCAGAACAUAGAUGACCCUAAUUCCCUCGAUCUAAUGGGGUGGAUGACGUGGUGGCUCCCGCUGCCAGCGACGCGCCUGUCUUGGGGUUGUUGGAUGGAAACCAAGUGCAUGGCAUCGACACGCCGAGAACCAACCAACCACCUGCCCGAUUCCUUCGGCCUGAUCACCCUUCAGACUUUCCCACUUUGGACUUGGGCCGUGGUGCCAACCCCUUCCUCCCCUCGGCGCUACCGCGGUGGAGGGCAUGCACAUCUGAGGUAUCACUGCCUCCCAAGACUUGCUUUCUCCCUGCCACCCCCCUGCCUCCUCCCCAACUUCUCCGCACAGAGAUCUCGUGGCCUACAGCCCCUGCCCCAAACUGUCAAAUCAGGGCUGCACCGUGCCGGUCAACCACCCGUCAUCUGAACAACAAAGGAUCCGACACUUGUUGACAGUAUGUCGCACAGUGUGAGAUACCGGCCUUCUGGAACCGGGCUCGAGCUUGUCAUUUAGGCCUGGUCUCGUCCAAGCCAAGGCUGGAGCGCUCCUUCAUCCCAUUUCGCCAUGGCUUCCGAGAGGUGGACGCCCCCGGGUCAUCUGAUGUUGGCCACGUCCCCGCUCUGGUCUUGUUUAUAAAAAGUCGCAUCGGCCAUUCGCUCUCCCGCUCGCUCCCCAUUGUCCCGGUCCCCUUCAUCUCAACCGAUGUGCCAACACCUACGCGAGCCCCAAGACCGGCCUGAUCAGCCAAAAUGUACGAGGUUGGCAACGUCUACGUGAUCGCCGCCGUCUCGGUGAUUGGCGGUGCCUUGUUUGGCUUCGACAUCUCGUCCAUGAGUGGCGUCAUCACGCAGCAAUCCUACGCGUGCAAGUUCAACGAGGAGGGAUUUAAAGCCAAUGGCGAAUGCAGAGGUCCCAGCCCAACCACGCAGGGCGGCAUUGUGGCCGCCAUGCCAGGUGGCUCUCUCAUUGGAGCCAUGACUUCGGGUUUUAUCUCGGACAAAUGGGGGCGCAAGACGGCUAUCCAGGUUGGCGCCGUAAUUUGGUGCGUUGGCUGCAUCAUCACGGCCGCCUCCCAGAACAUCCCCAUGCUCGCCGUCGGGCGAUUCAUCAAUGGCUUUUCGGUCGGCAUUUGCUCAGCUCAGGUCCCCGUCUACAUUUCCGAGAUCGCCAAGCCCACGGUGCGCGGUCGGCUCAUCGGCUUCCAGCAGUGGGCCAUUACCUGGGGAAUCGCCAUAAUGUUCUUCAUUUGCUACGGUUCCUCGUUUCUCGAGGGCGAGAUCUCUUUCCGGCUGCCAUGGGGCGUCCAGGCGGCUCCCGCCGUCAUCCUCUUCUUUGGGCUCAUGAUCCUCCCCGAGUCGCCCCGCUGGCUCGCCAAGCAUGAUCUCUGGGACCGUGCCGCAGCGGUCCUGGCCAAGACGCACGGCGGCGGCGACCCAAACCACCCGUUCGCCGUCAAGGAGCUGAACGACAUCCGAGAGGUCGUCGAGUUCGAGCGGAGCAAUGCCGACGUUGCCUACGUCGAGCUCUUCAAGCCAAAGAUGAUCAACCGGACCAUGAUUGGCGUUUGGACACAGAUCUGGUCGCAGCUGACUGGCAUGAACGUCAUGAUGUAUUACAUUGCAUAUGUGUUCACCAUGGUGGGCCAGGAAGAUGUACUGUUGUCGUCCGGGAUCCAGUUUAUUCUCAACGUUCUCAUGACCGUGCCGGCGCUGAUCUGGAUGGACCGCUGGGGCCGCCGGCCGAUGCUCCUCAUCGGCGCGGCCCUCAUGUGUCUGUGGCUCUGCAUCAACGCGGGCCUUUUCGCAUCCUACAGCCGACCGCCGCGCGAGGGCGAAUUCAACUCGGAUGCCAUCUCGAUGGCGGUGACGAAUGACUCGGCGGCCAAGGCCAUCAUCGCGUCGACGUACCUCUUUGUCGCCUCGUUCGCCACGACGUGGGGCCCCGUGUCGUGGGCGUACCCGCCCGAGCUGUACCCGCUGCGGCUGCGCGGCAAGGCGGUGGCGCUGUGCACGGCGUCCAACUGGACCUUCAACUUUGCCUUGGCCUACUUUGUGCCGCCGGCCAUGGCCAACAUCACGUGGCGCACCUACGUCCUCUUUGCCGUCUUCUGCUUCGCCAUGUUCUGGCACGUCUUCUUUCUCUUCCCCGAGACGGCCAACAAGCCGCUUGAGGAAGUGGACGACAUCUUUGACGACUCUCGCCCGGGCGCCGUCCGCUACAUCGGCACCCCGGCCUGGAGGACGCGCAACGUCCGCGCCGAGGUGGCGCGCGUCGAGCGCAGCGAGGUGGACGUCGAGGAGAAGCUGGCCGACAACCGCGACAGCGUGGGAGGGCGGGCCGACGCCAGGCCGGCCCCGGCGGCGGGCACCGUCGCGUGAUGGUGGUAUUGUGGGCGGUGAUUGCUUUGGGAGGUCGUCUGGGGUGGGGUGUGUUGCCUGUCGUGGUGUCUACAAGAAUUUGCGUGAUUGGAUUUUGCUAUGCUCAAAUAGGGGACGAUGCCUAGGUACCCCCGGUGAGGGGUGUGAUGAGGAAAUUAAUCAAGGGUCGCUGUGGUUUCGUUGUCUUGAAGCUGCAGUGCUUGACCUUUCGGCGGGACUAUUCAUUGGAUCAGGGGUAACGUGAUGACGCAGAAUGGAUACGCGAUCGUGA